UUGUGUUCUCAUGUUACCCUUCUUAACGCUGCUUUCGAUAUGAAAGUAAUGAUGUUUUAACUUUGAUUUAAGUGUGUGUCCUUAUUUGCGUAAAAAAUAUUUUGUUCUUUAAUUAAUAAUUUAAGGAGAAUUUCGUGAUCAAAUAUUUCAUGAUGUUUUGUUAAUGAAUGUUGACAGAAUUGACUGAUGUGAUUAGGUCCUGAAUUCAAGAAUCGACAAAUGCAGAAAACUUAAUCUGGUCUCAUCUAAUAUGUGCUUUGUGCUAUAUGAAAAGACAAUGCCGUUUGUUAUGAGGCAGUGAUUUAAAAUGAAUUUAAUUAUCUGAAGCGUGAAGGGUGUUUGUUUUCAAAUGAUCUAAAUGUCUUAUUUAAAAGAACAUUGCGCUGCAGUUUGCAGGCGCCGACUAUGUUUGACUCGACCAAAGGCGCAUUGCUAGUGGCGCCCUCUCUCUCUAACAGCUCUUGCUGGCUGAAUGGUAAAGUUUGGCCUUCAGCGUUUCCGGCGCCCGCGGACAUACUAAAGGCUCUUUUUAUAUUCGCCCUGUCCAUGGGAAUAGUUUUCGCUAAUCUCGUUCUUAUCUGUGUUUUGAAUAAUCGACGUUACAUUAAAUACAUCGAUAAUCAGCCUAGGUAUCUACUUACGUCGUUGGCACUAAACGACCUGUUCACUGGCAUACUCAUCGCUCCUGUGGCUCUGCUGCCGGCGUUGUACAAGUGUUGGCCAUACGGGGAAAUAUUCUGUCAAAUACAGGCGUUACUACGUGGCGCAGUCAGUCAACAAAGUGCAGUUAUUUUAGUGUGCAUGGCUAUAGAUAGGUAUUUGUAUUUGCUCCAUCCAAAUACCUAUCAAAAACACUCCAGUAAAAAGGGUUGCGUAUUAGUUAUAAGCGUGACUUGGAUUUUAUCAGUAUCGUUAUUCGCGAUCAUGGUUCUCCCCAGAUCUGGAUAUUACUUCAACUCCACGGGCCUAAUGGCUUGUGAUGUAUUUCACAGCAGAGUGGCUUUUAGAAUAUUGUCGUGCUGUGCUUAUUACUUUCCAACAACAAUGGCCCUGAUGUACUGCUAUGGUUCGGGAUUCCACGUCAGUAAAUCAAGGACUAAAUGUGAACCAGAACCAACAAGAACUAACGGUGUACCUGUAACAUGUUCUAAAACUAGUCAUGGAGAACUAGAAGCCAUUCAAAUUCAAGCACCAACUCGACCGCACAGUUUGAGCACGUCUCGAACGAUGGCAGCCAUGUCCUUAGGUUUCAUUGUUAUGGUAACUCCGGCCACAAUAAAAGAGGUUGUUGCAGCAUGUACGGGAUGUAGAGUUCCACCAUCGCUGGACUUCAUCGUAACGUGGUUAGCAUUAAGCAACAGUUUCUGGAAUCCAUUCCUCUAUUGGCUUCUAAAUGGUCACUUUAGAAGAAUCAGUAAUGAUUUGGUGCAAUAUUACGUUUGUUGCCGCAGGAAGAAGACUUAUUCAUUCUACCAGAAAAGUGCAGGGUGUUGCGGUUCACCAAUUACUUCCGAAGGCAUAAAUUCUAAAGGUGAAUUUGAAGGCCUUGGAGAAAAAUAUUGGGGCGAAAUUUUAGAACGUACUGUUUCGUCUACUUCUUUACAUGCUAUUCAGAAAGCAUGUCAUAGAGAUGCUCUUCGUUGUACUGGAUCAUUUAAGGGCUGUCCAAGCAACAGCUGUAAACAUGAUCCUAGAUAUUACGAUGGCUAUGGACCUGCAGAAUAUAGACAAUUUGAUCACUCAGCAUUUCAAAUAGAGUCAUGUCCUCGUCAGUGUAGGAUGAAAAAUUCUGACUUUUGUCUAUUUCGACCAAAUCCAGAAUUUGAAUGCGGCCGUACACGAUCAAAUUUAAGUUUAGAUGAGGGAAAUUUGGGAAAAACAUGUAACGGUCGACAUUCUGAAUUGUGAGAAAUACCGAACUGUCCGGUUUUCGGGCACAGAAGCAAUAGUAUUGGUAUGUAUCCAGGCGUAGAGCAUUUUAAUUCAAGUGUGAAAUGGAAGUUUAAUGAUUCAUCGUGCAUAGAAAAUGAUAUUGAACAAAAUUUGGAACACAACCUUGAUAGGAUACGUAGCCUGAGUCAUGAGCGAAAUUUUAAUCUAUAUCGAGGCAAAGAUCAGUUAUUGGAGGUGGAAGUGAAUAAUGUGAUUGAGGAUGAUUCAGAUGAUUCCAAAGACUGUACGAAUGGAGGUUGUCGUGAAGCUUUUGAUGAGAAGGGUGAACAUUGUAUUGUGCCAAAGUUUUCACGGAAUUCUUCUCUUUCGAACAGAGAACUAGAUGUUAUUAAAGAAAGCUCAAGAAGCUCCAGUGAUACGGAAGUGACGUUAACGCGAUGACUUCCGAAGGUAACUUUUCACACGAAAGUGAAUGUUGUUCACAUGGAACAUUUUUGAUAUAAGACAUAGUGAAUAUGGUAGUGUAAAAGUGGUGUUUUUCGGUGUUAAGAAAUAGUCAUUGUUAUAAUAAGCAUGUGGACCAUAAAUUUUCUUUUCAUUUGGAAGUUUUUGCUUAUAAGUUAAGAAAGUAAAUUAGAUGUAUUAUUUAGUAGAAUACUUUUCUAAGAACUUUUAGUAGGUU